CCCACCCCUGCCUUCUCUCCCUACAUAUCUUCUUAACUUUAACGAGCCUCGUUAAGAUCACAAUAAUAUUCCACCCACUAAUUGCUCAUUCCAUUCAACAAAUAGGCGAGCCUCUGCUUCGACUUCACACGAGUCACGGGAGGGAGGGUGCUGUUGAGAUUGGAGUUCCUGAUAACCCCCCGUGCUUGCAGCAGAAGUGGUGAAAGCCUCUACGUACUGGCUAAUGAUUGGCACGCUUGACAGUGAUUGGCAGGGCUGCCAUGACAACCCUACAACGACACCGAGAAGACCAAUAGAAAAGCGAAACAAAAUAUUUCAAUGCUACACUCACGGUGGAUUUAGGGGGAGAUAUUAUGAGGCUGGUGUCAUUAGGCGAUAGCUAUUGAAUCAUUCAAUCUGAAAUCGUCGUUCUUUUUUCCUUGGCAAAUUUCAUCGUCUCUCAGGUCAUUUCCAUGGUUUUCAGAUCGCCUUUAGAGCUUUAUCCCCCUCAUUUCUUCCUGCCAAACUUUGCUGAUCGCCCUCUGCUCUUGGCGAGCAGCGCGCCCAGCACCAGGUCUCCUGAAGACUUGUCAAUGUUUCAGCUACCGACCUUAAACUUCUCUCCAGAGCAAGUGGCGAGCGUCUGCGAGACGCUCGAGGAGACCGGGGACAUCGAGCGCUUGGGUCGCUUCCUAUGGUCGCUUCCAGUGGCGCCGGGCGCUUGCGAAGCGAUCAACAAGCAUGAAUCCAUCCUACGUGCCCGAGCCGUGGUUGCCUUCCACACGGGCAAUUUUCGCGAUCUCUACCACAUUUUGGAGAACCACAAGUUUACCAAGGACUCGCAUUGCAAACUACAGGCGAUGUGGCUAGAGGCUCACUAUCAGGAGGCCGAGAAACUACGCGGGCGUCCCCUAGGACCAGUUGAUAAGUAUAGGGUGCGAAAGAAGUUUCCCCUGCCUAGAACCAUCUGGGACGGCGAGCAGAAGACGCACUGUUUCAAAGAGCGGACGCGGAGUCUGUUACGGGAGUGGUACCUUCAGGACCCCUACCCAAACCCCAGCAAGAAAAGGGAACUGGCGCAAGCCACUGGACUCACUCCUACACAGGUCGGGAAUUGGUUUAAAAACCGGAGGCAACGAGACAGGGCAGCGGCAGCAAAAAACAGGCUCCAGCACCAAGCAAUAGGGCAGAAUGGCAUGCGGUCCCUUUCAGAAUCCGGCUGCACCCCACGUAGUUCGGCGGAAUCACCAUCAACUGCGGCCAGUCCAACCACCAGUGUCUCCAGUAUGACAGAACGAGUCGACACGGGCACGUCAAUCCUUUCAGUAACAUCAAGUGACUCGGAAUGCGACGUAUGAUACGCAAAAAGAGAAAUAUAUACAGGAAAUAUGGACCUGAAUAAACUUUAUGAAUUAUCGGGAAAAAGGACCAAUUGAUAUUACAAAUAAAAAAGGAAAAAACAGACUAAACAAAACAUAAAAGCACGUCUUUUUCAAGCGCUUUCAAUGGACCCCACACCUUUCCCCCACCCCAUCACUUGCAUGAUAUAUAUAUAUAUAUAUCUAUAUAUAUUUUUAUUUUUUUGUAUAUGGGGGAAAUGCCCCAAGUUUGUUGUGUCUGCCAGGACCACCGCAAAGAGGGAAUUACAAGAACCCGGUGUCCAUCGCCUUUUUUCUGUUUUAGUCCGAGUGACGACGAGCAGCCAGGAUGCAAUCCUCUUUUCCUUUAUGUUCAUCAGACAAUCAUUUAAGUCGUAAGCACCUUUUUACUACACUUCUGUCACUGCCUGUGUGGGGUACUGGUCAAUUGUGGAACUGAAUCGUUAUGACUGUAUCAGAUUUUUAUUUUUAUUUCGAGAUUUUAUAUUGAAUUAUGUAUAUCUUAAAUAAUGCGAUCAUUCUCCCAGUCUGUAAUAUAUGUGUAGAAAUACGCCUGUAUAUAAUAAUACUGCUCUACCGCCUUCAUUCUCUUUUCUAUCCAUGUUCACUUUUCUUGACUUGGUGCCCCUACAUAAACUAUUCGUCUAAACGUAACUAUUAAGUGCUCUAGGCGUUGUUUCUUUGUUUUUAUACCACGAAAGAACGCUAGUGACCAUGAAUUAUCAGUCGGGAUUAAUGCAAAAGACAAAUACUGGAUAUCAUUAUCGAAUGACCAAGUCUAUUUCAUGUUUCUAGUUCAGCGCUUACUAUUCAAUGUUACUUUCUUGCGUGUUUCUGUUAAUGUAUACGUUUCUAAAUUGAAAAUACAGUAUUCAAUUUUGGU